CAAUUCUCAGUUAACAAUGAUCAAGUUGUAUUUUCCCGUAAAGUCAUUUUCUUAGCUAAAAUUUUUGGCCACAACUCGGUUCGAUGGGCAGCAAGGGCAAGGCGAGUCUAGACUUCUCCGGCAAGGUGGUGCUGAUCACGGGCGCAGCCUGCGGGAUCGGGGCCGCCACGGCGGAAAUGUUCUCCAAGCUGGGGGCGUGUCUGUCGUUGGUGGACCGGGAGGAGGAGGGCCUUCUCUGCCUGAUGAAGAGAUGCAUGGAGACGGGAAAUGAGCCGUACGGCAUAGCCGGAGAUCUGCUCAAGCCGGCGGAGAUCGAGUGCAUUGCGAGGAAGACUACGGAGCGCUUCGACGGCAAACUGGACGUACUGGUGAAUGGGGCGGGCGUCUGGUCCACGGGCACACUGCAGGGCACGGAACUGGCCGCCUUCACGCACUUCAUGGAGGCCAACGUGCGGUCGGGGUUCUACCUGACCAAGUUGUUGCUCCCCCAGCUGCUCCAGAGCAGGGGCAACAUCGUGAACGUGUCCAGUGUCUGUGGACUGCGCGCCUUUCCCAACCAAGUGGCCUACAACAUGAGCAAGGCGGCCGUGGAUCAGUUCACCCGAUCCCUGGCUCUGGACCUGGGACCCCACGGAGUACGGGUGAACGCAGUCAAUCCGGGGCUAAUACGCACUAAUCUGCAUAAGGCCGGCGGCAUGGACGAUCAGAGCUAUGCGGAAUUUCUGGAGCUCUCAAAGAAAACUCAUGCCCUGGGCAGGAUUGGGGAGCCAACGGAGGUGGCGUCCGCCAUUUGUUUCCUGGCCAGUGAACUGGCCAGCUUUGUGACCGGCGUUACUCUUCCCGUGGAUGGCGGCAAACAGGUUAUGUGACCCCUUUAAUACCUGCCAAGGAGUCCUGUUCACGCGAAAAAGGUCCUUGUCAUUUGUUGCCCGCCUUAUAAAAUCAUAACCAUAAAAAUGCAAAAUUCUUAGUUUAAAAGUAAA